UGCUCCCCUAAUCCCUGUCUGCGGCGGCUGCAUGCUUAAAUUGCAGGGCCAGUUUGUCAGUUCAGUGGCAGCAGUUCCAACCUGGAAGGGAGGAAAGCCAGCUUUGGUUACGUAAGGAUGCAGGGCGGCUGAGAUCAUAUCUCGAUCACCGCCAACGUGAUUGACUAGUGCCGACUCGGGUAUAGUGCAGUAAGCAUGGAGUUGAAUGAGAGAAAGUGAGGAAAGGGGGUGGAUGUUGAUGAGACCCGGAGGGAGUCAAGAAUCAAUCCGUCAUGUCUCAGCGCCGAUGAAACCUCCACGGUAUAAAUAUGAGGGUCUAUCACUUUUCCUUAUAGAUGGGGUGGUCAAAAGAAGAACGGGGGCGGACUACCCCAAGGUGGUGAGCGGGAACCGCGAUGGUCAAAGGAAGGGCUGCUGCUGGCCUGCUGCAGUGUCACUAGCGUUGACCGUCCUGGGAUUUUCUCUAGUUUGGCUGGAAUGGAUGAAAAACAGCUGGGAGGAUUGUGACGGUUUUCUUCCCGAGGAUUUUCAAUUUCUCUGGCUAGGUAGGGUUGGGGGAAGGUGGGAGAGCGGGAGACAAGCCGCGGGCUGGCUUCUUCCACACCCAAUUUGGCCAGUUCUUCUGAUCUAUCCAAAAAGUUAUAUAAAUCCACAUCACCUCCCUCGAACCAACAAUGGGGGAUGUGGACAGAGCAAAUGUGAACGGAUGCAGUGACAUUCCUCAUUCUUCUGGUUCUGCUGGCUGGAAGGUUGGCGUCUCGAGUU